AUGAAGGCUUCAUCUAAUUCACUGAGUACCGCUGUGCCCCCACUGCUGUUCCCCCACCGCUGUGCCCCCACUGCUGUUCCCCCACUGCUGUGCCCCCACUGCUGUUCCCCCACCGCUGUGCCCCCACUGCCGUGCCCCCACCGCUGUGCCCCCACCGCUGUUCCCCCACCGCUGUGCCCCCACUGCCGUGCCCCCACCGCUGUGCCCCCACCGCUGUGCCCCCACCGCUGUGCCCCCACUGCUCUGCCCCCACCUCUGUGCCCCCACCUCUGUGCCCCCACCGCUGUGCCACCACUGCUGUUCCCCCACCGCUGUUCCCCCACCGCUGUGCCCCCACCGCUGUGCCCCCACCUCUGUGCCCCCACCGCUGUGCCACCACUGCUGUUCCCCCACCGCUGUGCCCCCACUGCUCUGCCCCCACCUCUGUGCCCCCACCGCUGUGCCCCCACUGCUCUGCCCCCACCUCUGUGCCCCCACCUCUGUGCCCCCACCGCUGUGCCACCACUGCUGUUCCCCCACCGCUGUGCCACCACUGCUGUUCCCCCACCUCUGUGCCCCCACCGCUGUGCCCCCACUGCUCUGCCCCCACCUCUGUGCCCCCACCUCUGUGCCCCCACCGCUGUGCCCCCACUGCUCUGCCCCCACCUCUGUGCCCCCACCGCUGUGCCCCCACUGCUCUGCCCCCACCUCUGUGCCCCCACCUCUGUGCCCCCACCUCUGUGCCCCCACCGCUGUGCCCCCACCGCGGUGCCCCCACCAGUGUUCACUAAUACAACCACCUUGGCACGCUCACAACUAUAG